AUGGGUGGAAUGUGUCCAUCUUAUCGGCCCUGCUGGACGAGAUUGUAUAGCGGUAUCAUGUUGAUCUCAACAGGAUCCACGUCACUAGGUUUAGUACGGCUGGCUACGGGAAUUGGGAGCUGGGGUCACACACUCUCCACAUCGGUUCACAACACUCAUGCCUAUCUGUGGCGGAGGACGACCUGA